ACUGGAUCGAUCAAGUAUACAUACAUACAACACUAUUAUCCUCAAGAGAAAAAAACAGUUCACACCUACGCACAUAGUGUAUUUUCGAAGUACCGUGAUAAUUGAGCACCAUGUCUGCAGCAGCAUUAAGUGCACUUAAACACCCCGGAGUGAAGUACAUUUUCUAUGGGUGGACAUUCUUCAUCACUGAAAACCUUGUCAUGUCGCACAACCGCGAAUACAUCAUAAAUAAUUACACCGAGAAGAACUACCAUUAUGCGUAUAACACGCUCAGCACCACCGCAUGUGCAAGUAUAGGCUAUGGAUUCCUGAAGUACAAGAACAAGGGGCCUACAUGGCCUUCAAUGAUCAAUGCAAACAGUGGUAGCCCUCGUAUGAGAGCUAUGCGUGCAGGGGCCUUCACAUUGCAUGCGCUGGGACUGGUGGGGUUGUCUCAAAUGGCACCUAAGCUACAGAUGCCUAUCGGGCUGGCUUCCGAUGCAGGUUCAGAUUUGAGAACACCUACUCAACAAAGCAGUGAGAUUGUUAAUAGUGACUAUCAAUCCAAUCCGCAAUUAGCCUUCACAAACACGGCUCAGCUCACAGCUGUAUCACCCACGCACAGUGUUGUUGCCGCAGCACAAGCGACGAAACCUUUGCGAUUCAAAGCAAAGUGCCCCAUGGACUUCAAACCAGCAGAUGUGCCAGCGGGACAAGUAGGGGGCAUGGAACGAAUCAGUCGACACCCUAGCCUCUGGGCUCUGGCUAUGCUUACAAGUGGGUCUGCAUUAUUAACCCCUUUCAUUGCCGAGGCGUGUUUCUACUUGGGAUUCGGCUUGUUUGCGAUUAUUGGUACCGAACAUCAAGACUACAGAUACAGACGUGGUUCUGGAGGUGAGCUAUCACCCGAAAAAGAAGCCAUUACUUCGAAUAUGCCGUUUAUGGCGCUUAUUACAGGUCGGCAGGAUUGGGGUGCGUUGUUCAAUGAGAUGAAGUGGUCGAAUGCUACCAUAGCAACUGGUUUGGUUGUUUUGCGGCACCUCCGAUUAUAAGUGAUAUAUGCAUGUUUGGGGUACCACUAGAGAUGAUGAGUCUAAUUUCCUUUUGGUACUACACUAUGUUGAAUAGAGUAGCCGUGCCCAAUCUCUACUUUCGAUAUAUUGAAUAUGUAUCAAGAAGGGUAGCGAGUACAGUUCCUAUUUUGAUCGUAGUGUGAUUCCAUAGAGAUGAUGAGUUCAAUCACCUAUAGGUAUAUAUGUAGACAAAUCAACACAAACGGACGCACCAUGCGUAUAUUCUAGUACACAUCUAGGCGCCCGUGAACUUGUGUAGCCGUCCGGCUCGAAGUAGUGUCCGGUUUCCAUGCCCAGAUCUCUGUCAAAUAAGCUGGUACUCAUUACACUGAAUUCAUCAAUAAGUCAGUCGUGGGAGCUGAGUCGGUCUUAGGCUGAAGUGUGGCUACUCGUAGAGCUCGCGAGGAGAAACACGAUAUGAGAUAGGGCAUAAUUUAUGUUCGCGUGAGACUUACACUGUAGAGACAAGGGAGUUGAUGCUUGGCUAAUGGCUUUGCCAUCUGUGGGAAAGCUCUGCUUCAAACACAUGCCAGGCGAACGAGUUUGUGUCCGUAGCGAUACACACGUUGUUGCCUUUUUGUCGGAUACAUGAUCCUCUGGACCAACAGAUCUCAGUGCGUAUAAUUUGGCUCCAUAUCAAGUUCUGGCUAAGUCCAGGAACCAAUAACAUGAUUCCUCGCAUAUAUAGCAUGUCAUGACACUUUAUGUCGGCUUAGUAAUGGUUCACAUAGAUCAGCCUGAAUACGAGGGACGCCCAGCAGUGGAGGAGAGUAUUUACACUGGAGCCGCAGCAUUUCGUUGAAGUGAUCAUCGGAUCAUAUUUAACAAUAAAGAUUGCG